CCGAGCGGUUUGGCGUCCCCGGGCUCCCGCUGGGAGCUACUGCGUCCCGGAUCCUGCGGGUUUGGUUGUGGUUCUAUGCUGAGGAAUUUGGGCUUAGGACUCUUCCAGCCCGUAUAAUUUCGGUGGCAACUCGGAAAACCGUAAAGGUGUGCUGUCUCUAGGAAGGUUAAAAGCAUGCAACUGAUGCUUUAGGAAAUGGAAGGUGGAUCAGAUGGCUUUGAAGUUGUUACAUCAGAAGGAUCAGGUGCAGAGCAAUCACCUGCACCCUCACAAGGAAAAGCAGUCGGAGAGGAUGGGGAUCCAGCAGAAAAGCCUCCCCUCCCUGAACCUGCAGGCACUGCACAAUCAGAGAGGGGCUGGAACCAGCCGUCUCCUUCUCAAAAUUCAGUACUACCAGACAGUACAGAAAAGGGGACAAUGACAGUAAGCAUGAUUAAGGAUAAUGGAACAUCUUGGAAGACUUGGCCUAACUUUGAGAAUCAGGAAUGUUUCCCUGGAGAAGUCAUUCAACAGGAUUACCACAUGCCUGAUGUCUUAACUGUCAGAGUAGAAACAGGUUCAGAUUCAUUUCAAGAAGUAGUUGUAAAAGUUGAAAGACCUACCUACAAGAAACCUUUUCUGGGUGGAUUUAGGAACGUGUCAACAGGAGUGGAAUUUCAUAAUGCAGGAUCACAAACAAAACCCAAAAAACGACCUGACAAAGGAAUUCAGUUAUUUUGUAGGGGAACACAGACGGCUGUGGAAAAAAAUGCCCAACAACAAACAAGAAAUACAACAUCAACACAGAUGACUAAAACUGGCCUUUAUGUAUCAAACAUGACUGACAAACUAAUAACUCCUGGAAAGUAUUUUACAGCAGAGGAAUACCAUAAACGUAGACUUGAAGCAGUAAUAGUAAUACAGAAGUAUUUCCGUCGUUGGCAUGCUGCAUAUUUAGUACAAAAUCUGAAGGAGCAAAGGAGGUUAAGGCUGGCACAGGAGGCACAAGAAGAAUUACAGAAAAAAUGGGAGAAAGAACAAAAAUUGAUUAGAGAGUAUGAGAAAAAACUGAACCCUAAAACAAGAGAAGACUUUGAGCUACUCUACCAUGACUUGGAAUUAUGGAUGCAGGAGGAGACUGAGCGAAUUAACAGAACUCUUACUGGAGGUAAAAGAAAGGCAGCACUUUUUGCACUUCUGGAAGAAGAGACAGAGCUCAUUGCUUGCAUUGGGAUGCACAAACUAAGUGCCAAUCUGGAGAAUCAACAAAAAGCAAUACUGCACUUUCUGGGUAAGUGUGCACAACCUAGGAGGUGGAAAGCAUUUGAUGGAAAAAUCACUGAAAUGGAUACACCGAACUCGCUCCGUGGCAAAGAACUGCUUGAAAUCUACCGCAGCAUUAACACAAAGGACAUCCCAAAAGAUGAGAGGAUAUCUGUGCUGUUAACACUCAAAUGGACAGUGAAGGAACAUGAAUGUAAAUUAACCGAGGAAUUAGUGGCAUUAAUUGACAGGGAAAUUGAUCUUUUGUCAAGAGAGGUGAAAGAAUGCAACUUGGAAGGACUGAGGAAAAGAAUUUGUACAUUAUUUCUCCAGUAUGUCAAAACUCCAGAGUUUAACCCUCAAGUUGCUGGGUUAAUUAAGGUUCCACAAGAUCCCUUAACGCUUUAUAAAAACGUUUACUUCUGUCAUAGCUGUGAAAAGUACUUACCACCUUCUGAGUUUCCCAUUCCUGCAAGUUCCCACACCAUUGGCAGAUGCCGCUCCUGUUACCAGCUUGAUAAUGAGGCUCGGAAACGAGAAUCAUAUUUCAAGUACAGACUUAUACUGGAAGAUCUCAGGAAGUCUGAAGUUGAUUAUCAGGAUGAUAGUAAAAUUGUUUUCUUAGUUCAGCUUCCAGAUAUGCAGUACCUGAUGGAGAAGAUAUGGAACUGCCAGUCAGCUCUCAGUGCCUGCAGUGACCUGUAUGAGCUGGUUAUGGUCAGGUGGGAUAAGCAACGUGAGUGGUCUCCAUGGAACACUAUUCUCCUCACUAAAGAAGAGGCAGAUGCACAUCUUAAGCUGUGUAACCUUCAGAAGACUUAUGAAGCUCCAUUUAUUUACAGAAUAGAACAAAAGCAUAUCCGGGCAAAAAGCUACUUUGCUCGGAUUCCUGCCAUGGCAUCAUUUUUGCAUAGAAGUAACAAUCAGUCUAAUGCGAAUUCCUCCAAAGAAAAUAGUUCCUUGAAUUUAAAGAAGUGAACUAAAUUCCUAGAUUUUAAAGAAAUAUACUUUUUCAUCAAUACCCUAACUGUAUUAAACAGAUCAAAAUAAACCUGUAUGGAUAAAAUAAUUUGAUCUCAAUCAGUUAAUUUAACUGCAUUUUAAGUUUUGUAACCUCAUUUAAAAAAAUAAAAUGUUGUUAAACAGCUUUGUAAAUUCUCAGUUUUUAAAGCAAUGAUUAUUUUUCUGUGUAUUUCUGCAUUGCUUGGAACAUUCUGUCUGUAGUGUAAUAUUGUACUGUACUGUUGGGCAAAUUCUGUUAA